UUUUUUUUUUUUUUUUUUUUGGUCUGGUCUGGCCUGGCCUGGCCUGGCAUGGCUGAGUUACCCAGCACCCGGCACCUUUACACCUUGACAAAUGCCGAUACCACCCUUGUCAAGCUGCAAUACAACUCUACAGCUCUAGUGCAGUUGGAGUUGCAUUCGCAGUACAUGCUCCGGUUGUUGGAGUGGAUGUGCAGCCAACAGAGGCCUUCCCGUCCAAUGACAUCACGAGGAGCCCUCCUGAAGGUCCACGAAGAAACUCUACUCGACCUACUCCGUACCUCAAGGUACUGAACUCUACUCGUAAUGUGCGGAUACGAGCACACAGUUCCCGUUCUCUUGCAGUGAUGCUCCAUCCAUCGCCAGGAACACCCGCAGGUCCCUUUCGUUUUGGGUGAGACCUGCACCACGCCUGUGAUUGCUUUUCACGAAUAGGGCCAGAUUGCCUUCAAUCAUUGUACUCCUUUGCUAAA